AUGAAGCUUUCCGCCAUUUCUACUACCCUGGCGGCUACCUUGGUUUCUGCCAACCCUAAUUAUGGAAGAGGCUCUCUCGACGAAUGGGCCCCUGGCGGACCAGAUGAUUUUCGAGGACCUUGCCCGAUGAUGAACACCCUCGCAAACCAUGGCUUCCUCCCUCACGACGGCGGAAACAUCACAUUGGAGAAUGCAGUCUAUGCUUUAACCACAGCUCUCAACUUCAAUGAAUCCGUCGCUACCCUUAUGUGGCAGCAAGCUAUUAUCGCCAACCCCGAGCCCAAUGCCACAUUCUUCACCCUCGACAACCUCAACCGCCACAACGUCCUUGAGCACGAUGCCAGUAUCUCCCGCUCCGACGCCUUCUUCGGCAACAACCACGUCCUCAACCAAACCAUCUUCGACACCACAACCGCCUUCUGGACUGGAGAUAUUCUUGACGUAACUAUGCUCGCAAACGGAAAGAUGGCACGUCAACUCGCUUCCAAGGCCUUCAAUCCCAAUUACACUUUUACUUCAACAACCGAAGCGUUCAGUCUGGGAGAAAUGGGUGCGCCGAUUUUGAUCUUUGGGGAUAUUCCUGCCGGGACAGUGAAUAAGACUUUGGUCACAUAUUUCUUUGAAAACGAGCGCCUUCCUGUUGAAUUGGGAUGGACUAAGCAAGCAUCCCCGAUCAAUCUCGAUCAGGUAUCGGCUACUUCGGCGUCGCUUAGCAAGGCUGCCAGUUUGCUUACCAACUCGACGACUUCUGCGGCUGCCAGGCAUCGGGAUUUGCAUGCUGGGUUUAUGUUCGAGAGUUAA